AUGUCGUCCUCCGUUACUCUUACGAUUAAUCAAUUGAGUCAAGCAUCAUCAAUGCUUGUACUGGUUUUAUCAUUAACCAGUGUUACACUAGGCGGAAUCGGACUCAUAUUUAAUAUUCUCAUUUUCAUUCGACCACCUCUGCGGCGUGAACCGUGUGUGGUCUAUUUCUUCUGGUCGACAUGUUUUAGUUUGAUACUUAUUCUCAUUCUACAACCCGUACGUAUCUUGGCGGUGAGCUUUGGUAUAGAUCAGACUACAUUCAAUCUUGGACUUUGUAAAAUAGAAUGGUUCGCUAUUUAUGUGACACGUUCAGCAUCUUCGUGGUUCAUUGUACUGGCAUGCAUCGAUCGUUUUUUCCAUAGUUCAGCAAACGCACGUGUUCGUCGAAUGAGUACACUGAAGACGGCAAGAAUAUCUAUUCUAGUCAUGACUAUUAUAAUCUUCAGUAUACAUAUUCACUCGAUCAUUUACUAUCAAACAGUCUAUCAGCCCGAUCGUUUUGGCAAUAUCACACCAUCGUGCUCUCCUGAGAAAAGUUUUUAUUAUACAUUUCUAGGACUUUGGAAUAUGGUUGUAUAUUCACUUUUUCCAUCCAGUUUAAUGCUUCUGUUCGGCCUUCUUACACUGAAAAAUAUUCGUCAACAACGUUUUAUAAUUCCAGCGGCUAUCGAUCAUAAUCAGACGAUUCGACGAACAGAUGCUCAACUCUUACGCAUGUUACUUGCUCAAGUGAUCUUCAUCAUCAUUUUUACUUUACCAUUAUCUAUUCUACAACUCUAUUCGUCAUUCACCGGUAACUUUUCUAAAACUGCACUUCAGCUUGCUCAAGAAAGUUUUGCAUUUCGUACUGCAAGUGCAUUGACAUAUUUUGCUCAUUCAAGUACCUUCUAUAUGUACACAGUCACUGGUACAAUUUUUCGCACAGAACUUUUCAAGAUCGUUAGACGAUGUGGACGUACAAUUCGAAAUAUCGUAUCAACGAACCGAGGUGAAAUAUAUUGA